AUCGCACAAACGACUGGUUGGUAGCCUUGUCGUACUGAAAUGAGUCCCCCCACCYUCCCCACGUGUCCUCUGCGCUGACUCAACAUGGUACCCUCAGUCCAACAGUUAACUUCAGCUGCCUGAGUUUGCUCCUCUGCGAGUUACGCACAUUUUUCUUACAGAUGUGACGGGCUAAACUGGACUGCGAGGUGUGCAGGUUGGCUCUCUCUGUAUCAUCUGCCAGUCCUUUCUGGUGACCUCUUUCCUGCUCCGAUCACAUCAAUAUGGCUAGUGGUGAUGAGGAUGAUCCCAUUAUAGAGGAGAUUGAUGUAUAUCUUUCCAAAAGCCUUGCAGAAAAACUGUAUCUUCUCCAGUACCCAGUGCGGCCGGGCACCAUGACCUACGAUGACGUCAGCCAUCUGUCCGCUAAGAUCAAACCCAAACAACAGAGGCUGGAGCUGGAAAUGGCAAUCAACACAAUGAGUCCCAACUACUGUCGCAGUAAAGGAGAGCAGAUAGCGCUGAAUGUGGACGGGACGUCCUACGAUGAAACCAACACCUACAGGGCAAAAAUGAUGGACAAACAGACGUUCUCCUCCAUGCAGGCCACCACUAAUACGUCCAGAUAUGCGGCUGCUGUGUUUCGCAAAGGCGAGCUGCACAUCACGCCUCUGACGGGAAUCCUGCAGAUGAGACCGAGCUUCUCCUACCUGGACAAAGCGGACAGCAAAACCAGGGAGCGCGAGGCGGCUAACGAAGGAGGAGAUUCCUCUCAGGAUGAAGCRGAGGAGGAAGCCAAAGCAAUUACUGUGAGGUUUGCCCGACCCGAGUCYGAACAGGCCCGGCAAAGGAGGAUCCAGUCCUACGAGUUCCUGCAGAAGAAGCAAGCCGAGGAGCCAUGGAUCCACCUGCAGUACCACGGUGCCAAGGACAGCCGAUCGGAUCAUGAAAAGCAGUACCUGUACUGUCAGUCGGUGGACGCCUCGCAAAACUCUGAGCUGGUCAAAACACCAAAGGAGUAUUUGGCGAUGCUGAUGCCUCCGCUGGCUGAGGAGAAAAUCGCCAAGCCCGUUGGUCCCAGUAACGUUCUGUCCAUGGCCCAGCUCCGCACUCUGCCGCUGGGGGAGCAGGUCAAGACCCUGAUGAAAAACGUUAAGGUGAUGCCUUUUGCCAACCUGAUGGGCCUUCUUGCUUCUGGUACUGACCAGACGUCAGUGCUGCGCUGCAUCCAGCAGGUGGCGCUGCUAGUGCAGGGCAACUGGGUUGUAAAGAGUGAUGUUCUGUAUCCUAAAAACACCUGCAGUGCUCAUAGUGGCGUUCCUGCUGAAGUUCUCUGUCGUGGCAGAGACUUUGUGAUGUGGAGGUUCACACAGGAGCGCUCGGUGAUGAGGAAGGAGAUCGCAUCCAUCAUCAAGCUUCCCCCUGAGGACGUGAAGGAGUUCCUGGAGCAUGUGGCAUCUCCUCGGGUCAACCGGGGCUGGGAGUUCCUGCUGCCCACUGAUGCAGAUUUUAUCAAGAAGCACCCAGACGUUGCUCACAGACAGAACAUGCUGUGGCUCGGUAUCCAGAGCAAGUUGGAAAAAGUUUUCAGCUUCUCUAAAGAAGACUUCAUGCCAAAGAAUCCCCCUCAACCUGCACCCGUUCAUGUCAGCGGUGUGCAGCGCCUGAAGAUUGCUCAGGAGCGAGCUCACGAGAACCAGGCGUCGCUGCAGAGGGACAUGGACGGCAGACGUGCAGGAAGCAGCAUCCAGAUCAAACAGGAACCCAACAGCGACGGCGCAGAGGAGCUGAUGGACACUUCUUCCUCCAUCCACAACGGUUCUGUUAACGGUUACCCCAGCGCCGCCUCCCCCUGCAUGGAUCACACUAAUGGAGGGAGCCCCUCCAACAGCUUGACCCCGGAGCUGCAGGACUUUGUGAUAAAGACUUUCCAGAAACACGUGGUGCUAACGCUGAACGAGCUGAAGAGACUCUUUAACCUCUACCUGGCUUCCAUACCGGCGGGACAAAACGUCUUCAGCUCCAUUUCCGACCACAUGCUGCAGGACGCUGUGCUGCUCUGCCAGUGCAAACAGAUAAUGGUGCCUUUUCCUGCUCAGAGUAAAUUAGCUCCUGACGAAAGGAAGGUUUUCGGUCUUUGGGAGACGGGAGACAACUUCGACAAGCACCGCCGCCUGCUCUACGACCUUUUCACAAAGAACCACCGGGUCAGGAGGAACGUGAUCCAAGCCAGACUUGCUCAGGAUUUGGGCGACGUGUCUAAAGCCGAAGUCGAUCGACUGCUUCAUGAGUGCUGCAUCAGCAGUGCAGGGUUUUGGUACCUGAAGGGAACGUUGCAGUCCUGACCCCGAUGACCUGCCCGCCUUCGUUCACCAACAGAUAAUCAAACUCUCUCCCGCGUGUCCGAUGGGAGGGGAGACRAGACCCGACAGCCAAUCACAGCAGCCGGUUCAGAGCUGAGAGCUGGGGAUUGGAGGAUGGAGACGUCGGCUGCGCUCUCUGCUCCGAAGAAACUGGGACAAAAGAACAACCUCUGAAUGCAGCUGCAGGAAAUAAACUCACUCAAAGCCGUAGAGACUGAGAAGAAAUGGCUUAUAAUUACAAUGAAAUGGUGAAAUAUAA